AUGGGGGCUCUUAAGGAACGUUACAGUCAGUGCCAGGCUGACAGAGACAGUGCUAAGGCGGAAUUGGUAGCCCUCCGUGCGUCCGGCAGUUCUGCCCCCCAGCCGUUAAGUACGUCAACCAGGCUUAUACCGCCACCCAUUGAAUAUGUCGAUUUAGAUGAUGACAGAAUCAUGGUAGUAAGUCCAUCCGGCGCCUCUUAUGCUGAUGCUGCUGCUGCCAGAUCGAGGGCUCGCAAAAAUAAAACACGGGAAGAAUUCCCGCAGCUCAGAGCAGGAAAAAACGUAUCUGUUAAGAGUAGGCUGGGUGCGGCAAAACCCAUCACGAAAUUCGGGGUCAAUCACGACAAAGCUAACAAGAAAACCGAUACGGCCACAAAGUCCACAGUCGCUCAAACUAGCACUAAAAUUCUCGACAAAGCCAAGAGCGCUAAGGCUGACACUCGCUUUGAGGUAGUGGGUGGAAAUAACGCCUGGCUUGAAGUCAGAAAAUCGGUAGAACAGAAACUAAGCUGUCCCCGCAUACGCAUAUCCAAAAAUAAGGACGGAAUAAUCCUUUUUCCGGAGGACUCCGUAUCCUUGAAUGCUCUAAGGCGCACGAACAAAUUAGUGGAGAGGAAACCUUUCCUCCCUAGACUCCUCGUGGUUGGAGUGGACAAAGAGUUAGAAAAGGAACUCCUUGCUGGAUACACAGCUAACCUGAAUGAGGAUCUAGGUCUCUCCACAGAAGAUACUGAGAGUAUCAGACCACUAUUCCGAACGGGUCCCCGAGACAGGCCCACAGUCAAUUGGGUUAUUGAAACUCGCCCUGAGACCUUCUGUAAAUUCGAGAGAAAGACAGUUUACUUAGGACUAACAAAAUGCAGAAUGAAACCUCAUAAUGACCUCCCUCAGUGUUACAACUGCCAAAGAUAUGGCCAUACGGCCAAGACUUGCCGUUCAGAUGACCCAAUCUGCAAACACUGCGCUGGAAAGCACGACUCCCGAAAUUGUGACUAG